UGAGUUUGUUCGAAACCUACCAAAGUCUUGACAUCAGGUUCUGCUGCUCACUGCUCUUCCGCUGCUCCAUCAGUUCUUACCGUUUUGCAAGCAAAUUCAAUCAUCGUCAUCAUGAACCGAUUCAUCGUUGUGCUGCUGCUCUCCGUCUGUGUAGUUGCCAUUGCAGACAAAACUGAUGAUUGGCACGUUGCGGACCUGGGACAAAAGCGCAGUCCCCAUUACUGUGGCAGACAUCUUGGGACGAAGAUUGGUCAAAUUUGCGGAUGGCACUUAGAAGCUUGGGAUGACGUCCACCCAGCGUUUGUGGAAUCUGAUGAGGCCAAUAGUUUCUUGGCCGAUCGCCGCAUCUCAAAGCGAAGCCUUGGCGAAGAAUGCUGCCACGAGGGAUGCUCCAAUGAGGAAGUACGCGAACACUGCUAAAGAAAUCACCAGGGCGGAUCCGGACCGGACUGACUUCGCGCUACCCGAAUGUUAUAAGUUUUGUUUGAUUUCGCUCGUAUAUUAAAAUUCAAGUGGUGGAUGGUUCUUUGGUUAUUACACGUACACAAACAUGUACUGAUGUUUUCUUGAGGAUUGGCGCAUUCGACUUUUUUGUUUAGAUUUCGCUCCAUCAAAAUACUAUUCAAGUGGUGGUGGUUUUUUUUGUGUUACUUAAAUUAUUAUACAUGCAUCACGAACAAUGUAAGAAACAACCAAUCUAUUCCUGAAGCAUUACAAAACCAUAAUAACUCAAGAAAAUGCAGGUCUUAGGCGAAACGCUCUUUCGUCGGUUAACAGUGAUUUAAUUUAUAAUUGAAGUUGUAUUUCAAUUUUCAAAUCACCCAUUUCUUGACCCCAUAUAUCAAACACAAGCCCUCUAGAAUAAAUUGUGCUUUUUGAACAUGUUUUGGCGUUUAAAAAAAAAAGAAGAUACAGUUCUUUAAAAACGAACCCUGCGGCGAUACAAAAAAAAGUUGCACAAUUUUGGAGAAAACAAAUCGUUAAUUUUCGAUAUGUGAUAAGUAAUCUGUCAUUUUAAAGAGCGUAAAGGAUGUUUUGUUUGUGUUUUAAAGAACGAACGGGCAAACAUGUAUACGGUUUCGGUGACCAAGUUUGAAGGGAAUUCGAAGGGGUUGUAUAAGGUAUUAUGUACCUCGAAAAUACUUUGAUCGAGCAAACAGUCUCACCAAAUUAAAAUACCCAACAAGUCAACAAGUUUCCUUGCCCUGGAAUAUAUUUUGAAUUCCAAAAAAAAAGGCUGAAUUAUUGUCUUUACUAUUCGAAUAGAUAAGUUCGAAGUUGACAAAGUUUGAGGGUUUGCACUGCACAGUGGGUGUGUACAGAUACUGUGGAAGUUUCCAUAACAGAUGUGAUUGUCAUUGAACUUUGGUUGCACCUAUUUAAGGUACUCGGUGCGAUUGAUAUCAGACAUUAUUAAGACUCUUUGUUUUCACCAUCAGACUUAUUCAUUUCGAUUUUUUUUCGGGAUCUAUGGGCUUUAAUUUCCUUAUUAAUACAGUCUUAAUUUCAGUCUUAGACUAUUAAAAGUUACUUCCAAAGCAGUCA